AUGGAUCUCCAACGGCUUACUCUCUUCCAGAGCCAUGUGGCCAAUACUGCAGUCAAUGGACCUACGAUUAAUUUGAAUUAUCCGAAGCUGGAGAAUGCCGAUCGUCAGUUUCGUAUGUUGGUCCUGAAACCCUCUGGAGACUUCAGUACCGACAUCAAAUGCCAUAUCCAUAAUCGAUCGCAAAAUCCCAACCCAGCAUAUGAAGCUUUGUCUUACAGAUGGGGAGAUCCAAAGGACACUACUCCAAUUCACGUCCGCCUGACUGAGCACCAAGGCGAAAAAGAAGCCGACGAGGCUCCAUAUCUACCAUGGCCAGUUACACGCAACCUGGAACAAGCGUUACGAGCUUUGCGACUACCUGAUACCGACCGUCUUCUCUGGGUAGAUGCACUUUGUAUAAAUCAAAAUGACGACGUUGAGAGGGGUAAACAGGUCCGAAUAAUGGGUCAGAUUUAUCAAAACUGUGUCCGAGAUCUGUUAUGGCUCGGUCCAGAGAAUGUUCAGAUCAGCCGAGCAAUGAGACUGAUCUUGAAGAUUCAAGGCCAUGGUGAAAGCGGUCAUAACAAGACUUGUAGAUCAACGGUUGAAACCGAAAGCACAACCUUCUCGGCCUUCUCAGAUCAAGACUGGGAUGAUCUGAAGAGACUUAUCAUGCAUCCUAUCGAAUGGGGCAGAGUCUGGAUCAUCCAAGAACUGAUACUCUCACCCGAAUUCACCCUCGUUUGUGGCAAAGAUACACUGGACUGGAGUUGUAUCGACAGCGUACUUAACAACAACCGCGAUGUCCUGAGAAAAAUCGAUUUGCAAGGCCCUGAGCUCGGAAUGCUUCUCGAAGUUAUCAGCAAAGUGAGCACCAUCCGGGUGUAUCGUAUGCCACCGGAAAUAACGAACCACCUGUUUUCCAAGUCUUUGCUCACCACUUUCUUCUUUUUUCUCGACUGGGAAGCUACUGAUGGACGAGAUAAAGUCUAUGCAGUACUCAGUCUCACUACAGAUGGAAAGAACAUGAGUGUGGACUACCAAAACACGAUGGAUCAGUUAUCAAUUGAUUUCGCCAAAACAUGCCUUGCGCAGGGCAAUGUAAGGCUUUUAUCUCACAACACAACCUAUUGCGUCGCUAAAACUCAAUAUCUCAAACAACACCCUAGCGGCUCCGAAUAUAGCACCACUGAGCAAGAGCUUCUGGUUCCUCGCAGAAAAGACUGGCCAACGUGGAUUCCUGAUUUGUCAGACGAUAUUAUCAAGGGUGCUAAGAUCUCUGGUCUUUCUGUUGCAGGAGUGUCGAAGUAUAACGCAUGUGGUACUGUGGAAAGUAUGAAAGCCUUGCAAGUCAGCCAAUGCAGAAUUACUCCUUCACUUGGACUACUAAUGGGUGGAGUCUUCGUUGAUUCAGUUGCACUAGUCAACCCAAUAACCCUCGUAUCAGACAACGAGACUCCAAGAGAUCGAUGGACUCGUGAUGUCCUUGCUUGGGCACCGCCUGAAACGAAACAGCACAAUGCAAUCUUACAAUUGUAUCCAUGGUCUGACUCACAACACGAAAGCGUUGUCUCGGCAUAUUGGCGCACCAUCGUAACAGAUCGUCGAGCGGAUAAACGACUCAAUGCAGAGGAUCUGAGACAAACUAAGUGGUAUACAGACGUCUCAGAGGGCUCUGAUAUACCCAAGGAAAACAUGUUGCUGGUAGGUUGGCGCUUUGGCAAGACUGCGGCUGGACUGUACUGUAUGCUUCCGCCUCAAUCGAAGGUUGGGGACACCAUUUGCGUGCCGCUGGGAGGACAAGUACCACUACUACUUCGACCGCAAAACGGAGAUGAUGAGCUGUAUGACCUGAUUGGUGAGGCAUACGUGCAUGGUGUUAUGGAUGGAAUGGGCAUCCUUCGCGCUGUCGCAAAUAUGAGCAGGAUGUUGCAAGCUGAUCCGAAUCAUGAUUAUGAACACAUGGCCACAAAGCUACAACACGAGACGAUGGGCACGCAGUUCUACAUGAAGACAUUUCACAUUGUAUAA